AUGCCUGUGCUCUGGGGCAUUCCCUUGGUGGUGUAUGGGAGGUUAAUUGGAUUCACCUGGCAGCUGCACAAACUGAAGCUCAAAGAAACCAAGUGUCUUGCCCAAGGUCAGACUGAGUUGGUGGUUGAGCCAGGAAUAGAACUCAACUAUGGUCUGGAUUAUCUUGAAGAACACUAUGCCAAAUUGCAAGUUUUAGUUACAGUGUACUACAGGGGUUGUGCACUGUAUGGAGAUAUAGGGACUCUUAUCAUUGAUGUUCUUCAGUAUGUCUAUGCCCUGAAAAAUAAUGAUUUAAGAGAGAUUGGCUUCUAUGAAGGCAUCUCAACUUUUAUAGGUCACCUACAGUCCAGCAGCCCAAGAUACAAAUUCAACUUCAUAGCAGAUGUGGUGGAAAAGAUUGCACCUGCAGUUGUGCACAUUGAACUUUUCCUCAGGCACCCUCUCUUUGGUCGAAAUGUCCCACUUUCCAGUGGAUCUGGGUUUAUUAUGUCUGAUUCUGGUUUAAUUGUGACCAACGCCCACGUCGUGUCAAGCACCAAUGCUAUAUCAGGGAGACAACAAUUGAAAGUACAGCUACAGAAUGGAGAUACCUAUGAAGCAACCAUCAAAGACAUUGACAAGAAAUCUGACAUUGCAACAAUAAAGAUUCACCCUAAGAAAAAACUACCAGUGUUGUUACUGGGACACUCUGCUGAUCUGAGGCCAGGAGAAUUUGUGGUGGCCAUUGGAAGUCCAUUUGCCUUACAGAACACGGUGACAACAGGUAUUGUCAGCACUGCUCAGCGAGAUGGCAAAGAACUUGGCCUGCGGGACUCUGAUAUGGAUUACAUUCAGACAGAUGCUAUUAUCAAUUAUGGCAACUCUGGAGGACCUCUAGUUAAUCUGGAUGGUGAAGUGAUUGGGAUUAACACCUUGAAGGUCACAGCUGGAAUUUCUUUUGCUAUUCCUUCAGACCGCAUCACUCAGUUUCUCACAGAGUCGCAUGACAAACAAAGUAAAGAUGGGAAGAAACGUUUCAUUGGCAUCAGGAUGCUGACAAUAACACCUGCCUUGGUGGAAGAACUGAAACACAAUAAUGCUGAUUUUCCUGAUGUUAGAAGUGGAAUUUAUGUACAUGAAGUUGUUCCAAACUCACCUUCUCAUAGAGGAGGGAUCCAAGAUGGAGAUAUUAUUGUUAAAGUCAAUGGGCGUCCUUUGAUGACUUCCAGUGACCUGCAAGAGGCUGUGAUGAAUGAAUCACCUCUACUACUUGAAGUUCGAAGAGGAAAUGAUGACUUGCUAUUUAACAUUGAGCCUGAAGUUGUCAUGUAA